CUGAAGUCGGGGACGUGUGCGUGAUUACGUCACCGACGUCAUGCCGUCAGACGCACGCAUAGCAACCAACAUGGCGACGGCGAAGCUUCGACAGCUAGCUGGCAGCAAGCAAAACAUCUGUGAAAGAUGAUAACUGUGAAUAUACACUGAAAUAUAUUUAUUUAUCAGGCAUUACUCAUUUGACAGCAUUACCUCAGACGUUCAUACGAAUGUUAAACGCGACGAUUUCCGGUGAAACACGAGUGUUUUGAUCAUGAGAUUCGUGGCAGAGUUUGUCAUCAUGGACGCUAAACCAGGGUACAGUCUCGGCUCAUCUGGGAAACUGAUGAAUCAGUACAUGAUUAAAGACCACAUGCUGUCACAUUACAGAAAGCUGUAUUCAGCCAGAGCUGUUGUGGACUGUUCGGUGCCUAAAAGCAUGUACAGCAAUGUCAGAUAUGUUGAUCAAAAGCGCCGUGAGCAGUUAAGGAAAGACACUCGAAGUCAGUCAGGAAGAUCCACUUCCCAGAGGAGCACUAGGAUAAACUCCAGAACUUCCUGUUCUUCUAAAAAUAGCAGACCCUCUGUUCAGGGUGAGGACAGUGCCUGUCAUUAUCUGGACCAGUCUCGGAUGUCUUCACCCAGGAUCAGCACCUCGUUCCACUCCAAACAAAUCGUGUAUCCGUCCCCUGCAAACCACUUCCGAUCCCCCUCGGAGCUGACAUACCAAAGCCCAAGCGCUCAUUGGCACCCCGCGGAUCCGUCCUGUGCCACGUCCGCCAGUCAGAGAGGACACAGAAGCUUUCAGGAUCCCACACAGAAGACCUACAGCGGAGACGUUCUGCUGAAACACGCUCAUCGCUUCACUCAGGAGAAACCCUUCACCCCGAGAACGCUCAAAACAGACCACAAGUCCACGCUCUUACCAAACCGCUAUUACACACCUCCGCGGAGGAAAGCUGAGGAGGAGGAAUCCUCCUCUAAGAUCAGGAGCACACGGUCCAAACGAGGCUUUUCUCCACAGCUCGAGUCACGCCAGGCAUUUACUCUUGAUCACGAGUGGUCGGAUGAAGAAACAGCUUCAUUCAGACAUCACGGCAAGACAAACAGGUUUAGGGAUAGUGAUUUUCUUCUCUCAUCCUCGAGGAUUUCACCAGAAGGCAUGAGGUCUCCCAUAAUGAGAAAGGUUUCAGCAGAGGAGGAAGAAUUAAUGUACCUGGAGUUCAUUACAGAUGUGACGAAUGAGAUCUUAACACAGGGCCUUUAUUCUGACAGGGUACUGAAGAGAGUGUUUGAACGUCACAUUCAUAUGAACAAACAUCGGUUAAAUGAGAACAAGAUGCGCCACCUUCUAGACAGUCUGCAGGAGGACCUGCAAAGCCCCCCUGCUGCCGCCAUCAGUCAGCCGCUGCCAUCAGAUGAUGGUGAUGUUCUGCUUCGUCAAGUGUUUAACGAGGACGUGAGUUCAGCUGGAGCGUCCACACCUGUGAGCCACAGUCGAGCCGGUCUGGAGUGCAGCCGUAGUGAAGGCAGCGAGAUCUCCCUGAAAGAUAACCAACAUCUCAAUCCCAGGAACACUGAAGAUGAUAAUGAAGUGUCGGAGCAGGUCGAUGAACUUGGGAAAAUCAUGGCGGAGUCUUUAAGUGUGUCAGAAACUCAACAGCAAGUGUCUGAACAGGAGCAGACGAGAGGAGACAUCAGUGAUGAUGAGUUUUAACUCAAACGCACAAUGCUUUUUUUCUUUAUGACACUGUAGUUAUUUAUGUUUGUUUGUUUGUUUGUUUUUUUACAGAAAAUCCAUGUGUGUGUUCCAUGAAGUGAUAGCUAUACAGUAUUUUCAGCAUGCUAUAUGCAGUAUUCAGUACUUUAAUGAAUUUGUCUGCUCUUAAUUUGGGCGUUUAUUGGUUAUGUAGUCUGGUUAGGAUUCAAAAGCCAUGCUGUGUCUGUUUUUUUUAAAUUACUAAAGAAGCCUAUAGUUUGUGAUUUAAUUUUACUAUACUUAAUUUGUUUACUUUUAUGUAACAUACAGGUGCAGUAUUCAUAUUCAGUGAUACUUGACUUUAUCUAAACUGGAAGAAAGUCUGAAAAACUUCUUUAUGGUGCUACAAUAUAUGCAUAGUGUAUAUAUAUAUAUA